AUGACUCCGACGCGAGCUGCAGUGAAGCCGUCUCUGCCACUCUCAGCUCGAGAUCUAGCUCGCCGUGCUCAACGAUCGGAGCACAUUGCGGAACUACCUGAGGUUGCAUCUGCGGUCCUACCGCCACACCUGAGUUUUCUUCGCACUCAAAGAAAACAGGCGGAGGAUGUGAGUGCUCACGAUUUUUUCCAGAGGCAAGAUCUUCAUCAAAAGAUGAGUUCUUUGGCUCUGUCAGACCACUUCGACAAUUUUGGUAAGUGCCGUUUCCAGCGACUGGGAUUGGCAUUUGCAGCCAAGCAGUUUACUCCGAAACCUGUGGCCCCUCACAGGUCGUUAACUGAGUCACUGACAGACGAGACAAGGAAGCCUUCUGCGAAGGCGUUCAUCUUGUCACAGGAGGCACUGGCUGCGGACUUCGAGCGUUGGAGUCAGCACGCCCGUGGGAUUUCUGAUUCAAUCAAGGAGGCCGACCGCCACAAAGAUGCUGAUGUCAAGAAGCGGCAAUCCGACAUUCUGUUUGCGGAGCUGCCUUAUUAUUUGGAGUUCCUUCCAGAAUCGGUUCCGCUUGAGAGUCUGGAGGCUGAGAUGGAUCGGGAAAGGUCCUCUAAGCCUGGCUUUCCCCGCCGAUGGCCAAGUCAAUCCAGAAAGUUUCGACGAACCGAGUCGCAGGCUCUUAUCGAGAUAUUCAGGGCAUGGUCCUUUGCUUCCUGGCCCCUGGGUGGUGCAGAGCUGGGAAUGGAUCGUGCCACAUUCUCUCGAUUUGUACUGGAUGUUGGGCUCGUCGACCAGCGCAAGGUUCCGCUCUAUUGGAGUUUAUCCCUUUUUGACUGCCUGUCGCACACCACGCGUGUCUGUGCCAAAGAUGAUCCGAUUCCCAUGUCCGCACCCCUUCUUCCAAUGGUGAAGUGGUGGGACAUGCUGGCGAUAGUUGAGGUGUUGACUUGUCAACAUUUUCGUACGUCAACCACAGCACUGCGGGUCAAGUUCGUUGAGAGCGUUGCGGAGAUAUCCAGAUUCCGGCUUCCAGCCUAUGCUCUCAAGGCCUUCAACAUUAGUCAAGCCCAGAUCGAGCUGGUGCUUCAAGGCGUCAAGGCCGACUCGAAUGAAAGCGAUGAUGAGGCGAAGGGACACCAGGAGAUGCCUUCAAAAGCUGUUGAGUCCAGGAGUGGGAACGAAGCGAAAGAGUUGGGCGCUGCAAGCAAAGAACAAAUGGUGAGAAUGGAGGAGUUCGUCAGCGUUGUCCCUCUGUCCAACUCUCUUCGCCUGCUAUCUAUGAUUUUGCAGGAGGCACGUGGACAGCGACAGAAAGGAAGCCUGGUGGAGCCUGAGGUUCACAGUAGGCCAUUCAUUCGUUGUAAGAGGACUCUUCAGUGCUUCCAGAUCUGUCAGGUGCUUCAUCUUUUGUGGCAGCAUGAGGCUGUCUUUCAAGCCCUCCACGCAGCAUAUGCGGACCAUGAAGGCGCGAUGGGCAGCCUGCCAAUGCCUGCCCUCUUGACGUCCGAUCCGUCGGCCCGUCGGCCAGACAGAGGCCACAUGACCUUCGCUGCUCUCACACAACUCUGCAAAGACUUUUCUCUGGCCCGUCUCCAAGAUGCAAGCGGUGCCAACAGUUUCUGUCGGCUCGGUUGUGGCUCCGACGUGCAGGCACCGCAUCUAAUCAGUCUGCAUCAACUUCGCAAGAUCUAUGAGCUCGCAAGCCCAGAUGAGUUUCGUACUCUGGAUGCACCGGUUAGGCAGUCGAGUGAUCCAUGCAUGAGGUCAGCCGAAUGCCUGGACACGACAACUGGUGCGCCUGCGAGGCAUCAAGCGGCAUCAAAGAUCGAGUGCUUGGGCCAAGACUUCAGUCUCAAGAAGGGGCGUGGUGCCAGCCCUUCGCGAUCACCGCAAGCUUCUGGGAGGCGACGCUCAGUUUCUGCCUCUACCACCCCGACACACUCCGACAGUGUGCGGUCGGCGAGGCGCCCUUCAGAUGUCAGCGGCCUGAGGAACAAGAGGUCAACGAUCGUGAGCCUCGGCAAGAUCAAUGCGAGGCAUGCAGCCGUGUCUGAUUCGCCAUCCCAAAGCCGACGGCGCUCGAUAGAGGGCAGCAGCAUCUCCGGGCACUCAGCCAAUGACCGCCUGGGGUCAAUGCUUCCUUGGGAGCGUCUUGUUCUGAAGGUGCGCGAGGCGAGCUCUCGACUGCAAACCACCGUCUCCUCGGUUGGUUUCCAAGCGCUGAUGGAGAUCCUUUGCAAGGUCGCCUACACUUACCUGGGCUGUUACGGAAACAUGCAACAAAGAAGCAUGUCUCCUCUUCUCCAGACGGUGUGGCUGCUGGUGUACUUGCGCUUCUCCACGGAGAGCUAUAGAAGGAGCCUUGAGAAGCGAUCAGAGGAUGCAUACUCCGCAGCAUUGCGUCGAAUUACGCCGCUGCUGAAUCCAGAAGUUUGGGCGAUCGCCAAGGCUCCACAGUUUGAGGACGACUUGCCACCACAAACAUUCCGCGAUCUUGCGGCAGCCUCCCCUGAGGCGGGAGCCCUCUGCAUUGCAGAUGAGACCUGCCAGUUGUGCAAGGCUCAUGUACGACAUGAUGACUGGGGCAACGUGAGGUGCUUCGCUUGUUCCAAGAUUGACGUGCUUGCCUUCAAGCAUCAUCCUCUGCGUUUUCUGAUUCGAAGACCUUGGGACUCCAAAUCUGUCGUGAUUGCAGGAAAGGUGCCGAGGGUUCGGAACAUAUCCUUGACUCCGCCACCUUUCAAGGACAGCAACGCGCUGCGGCCAGAAAGCUCCGAAGAGGCUCCGGACCAGAGCCAGAGCUUCCAUCCUUCGUCGUCUUCUUUCAGUGCCGUUCUCAGUGGAUUGCGAUCACGCUGA